AAAAAUAGUUCAGUAGUGAUGAUUCACUCGAUCGUGUUGGUUGAAGAUGUCUUACCUUGGACUAUUUCUGGUGUUACAGUGCCUGCUGUUGCAGGAUGUCUUCGGCUUCCCCCUGCAAGGCUACCCCAACAACCUCGGUAACCUCGGCUUAAACCAAGGUUUAAAUUUAAACUUUGGCAAUAACCUCGGCUUACCUGAAUACAUCGGUAACGUAAACUCUCAACAAGCUUUGCUGUCCGGCAGUGUAGCCCAAACUGUAGCACCAAGUUACCACCCAGGAUGGCAAUUGUCUGCUGCUAAGGCACCAUUGGUUACAGAAAUUGUUCCAAAUCUUCAAUUUGGAGAUAUAUCCCUUGAUGGUGAUCUCCCUGUGGGUGGAUCAAUCAAAAUCAGCGGUACAUUCCCUGUGUAUGGAUAUGUUGGAGUGGAUGGUGCAGUUCCGUCACAUGGCACGGCCUACGUAGACACCGGUAACGGUCUUAUUGACAUUUGCAAAUGCGGCUUGUAAAUUAUAUACCGCGUUGUGUUUUGUUUAUUAGUAUGAAUAAAUGUUUUCGUUGGGUUA